AAAACCGUAACUGUUUUAAAAAAAAGUAAAUAAAUAACCGGCUCAUAUUUCGUCGCUAAUGUCGGGGCAGUAUAUAUUAUUUUUAAAUAUAUAUGCUGAGUACCUGAUUAAGAGGGAAAUAUUAAGAAUUGUAAACUAAUCGCACUGAAGUUUCUCAGAAGUUUAAUUUCUAAUCUUAAAUUAUGGCAGCAAUUGGCAUAAUUGGGGGAGGCAUUAGUGGAUUAUCUUGUGCUCAUUAUUUAAAAUUUCUCGGCGGAUCAAAAAUCAAAUACAUUUUCCUUUUAGAAAAAGGUCCUAAAUUUGGUGGUUGGAUCCAAACCACAAGAUUUCCGGACAAUGCUGUAUUUGACCAUGGACCACGGACGCUUCGUGCUGGUAGUAAAGCAGGAUUUAAUGCUUUAACAUUAGCAGAGGAACUUGGAUUGUCUUCUAGAAUUUUAGCUAUUGAUAGAACUCAUACAACAGCUAGAACUAAUUACAUUCUGAAACAAAAUGAGCUUCACCCAUUGCCGAGAGAUUUUUUCUCAAUUUUGAAAACAAGACAUCCCUUUAAUAGACCUCUCAUUUCUUAUUUAUUUAAAGAUCUUCUCACUAAAAGCUCGAAAUUAGAAGAUGAGACAGUGUUCUCUUUCGUGGAUCGAAGAUUUGGACGUGAUAUUGCAGAGAAUCUUAUUGAUCCUUUGUGUCGUGGUAUAAGCGCAGGUGAUGCCCGAGAAUUGAGUGUUAGAUCUAUGUUCCCGUAUUUGUAUGAAAUGGAAAAUAAAUAUGGUUCCGUUGUAAAAGGGGUGCUAAAGGAUAGAGAAAAUGCUGCAGCAGCUUUCAUGCAUAGCCAGUUAGUUCAGAAAGCUCGCUCUGAAUUGUGGAAAAUGUGGACAUUUAAAACAGGAAUGUCUGAAUUUAUUGAUGGAUUGGCAUGUUCCAUUGAAGAGAGAGGGUGCGAUUUAUUGUUCAAUACUAAUUGCUCAUCGAUAGAUUUUAUUGGAAACAAAGCAAAAAUCAAUGUGGAAAAUGAAAUUAUCGAAGUCGAUCACAUAUUUUCUGCUAUUCCGUCAUAUGAACUAUCCAAGUUACUUCCUAAUAAUCAAUCUUUAGCAAAUGUAUUAGCUAAAAUCCCAUCAGUAGAUGUUGCUGUUGUUUACCUUGAGUAUGAAAAUCAGUUAAUUAAACAACAAGGAUUUGGUUUCUUAUCUCCUUCAUCAGAAAAUUCUAAAGUCAUGGGUAUUGUUUUUGACUCUUGUUGUUUCCCACAAAUGAAUGGUACAGCAAAGACUCGUAUUACUUGCAUGAUGGGUGGGAAAUGGUUUAGUGACAUUUUUGGAGAUGUAGACACUGUUUCUGAGGACACAAUUUUGCAAGCUGCUAUCAAAGGUGCUGAAAUGCACUUAAAAAUCAGUGAACAACCAGUACGGCAUAAAGUAGUAAUCCAGAAAAAAUGCAUACCGCAAUAUAUUUUUGGUCAUCACAAAGUUUUAGAGAAGAUAGAUGAAGAGAUAACAAAGAAUAAUCUGUGUCUUUCGUUAAUAGGAGCUUCUUAUAAAGGUGCUGGUGUGCCAGAUUGUAUUUACAACACCAAGCUUUCAGUUGAACAGUUUUUAAAGACAUUAUAAAUAGAGAAUAACCUCUCCUGUAAAAUAUAUACAUAUGCAUAUAUAUCGAUAAAACUGUUAACAUUUAUACAUUUUUUAUUGAAAUUUAUUGGGAAUAUAGUUUUAGAAACAAUAUUAACGUAGAAUGGUUGCAAUUAAAAAGAAAAUUUGUUGGAUUUUGAUACCUAAUAAAUACUUGUUUUCUAUUAAAA